AGUUAAAUCAUUUCUAUAGCCAUGCCAUUAUCAUCACCCCGGUCGUAAGAUGAAUACAUCAAAUACACUAGAAAAUCUUUAGACUUAACAUACAUUGGAAAAUAACUAUAGCAUGCGUGAUACUACCUCAAUCUUUGAGUAUUUUGUCUCGAUUUGGCCUUUAGAGUCAAUCAUUUUUAAUCCUUGAUUUAUAAUUAAAUAAAAUAUACUCUCUCCGUCUGGAAAUAAAGUUUCCAUUUUGACUUUUGAUCAUUUUUAUUGAGUGUUAACUUUAGGAUGGAAAUGUCCACAAUACCCCUCCUCAACCCUUCUGUCCUUCCCUGUGUUUCCUUUCGCCUGAAGACCACAAUACCCUAUCUACCAACAUCACGAGGCAAUCAGGAGCCCCACCCGGCAACCAAACUCCAGCCUCACAAUAAGCCCCGCACCACCACCACCGCAAGCACACUCGUUGACAACUGCAACAGAAAAAGCUUCACGAGGAAGCAGAUCUACGAGGAGGUGAAGCUCAACGACCAUAAAGCUGACCUGUCCACUACCUCCAGCGAAAGAUCGAAUGCAAUUUUAACAAGAUCUGAGUGAAGGUGAAGCAGGAAAAGAAAUUUCAAAAGAAAUCAUCCUUGCCUGUCUUUAACGCCCUUUCACCUCCAAUCCGCCUGCUCUAGUCGCUGUGAAGCAGAAGCGGUGUUUGUUCAACGAGGCAGAGGCUGGAGGCAAGGAGGAGUCCAGAAAGAAGAAGAAGAAGGGGAGGGGGAAAGAGAGGGAGAGAGAUAUUUAGGGUAGUUUGUGUGUUAAAAAUUGAAAUUGAAACUUUAUUUAUGGACAAAGAAAAAUGAGAAAUGUAAAUUUUAUUUCCGGACGGAAGGAGUAUAUUAUAUAUUAAUGAAAUAAAAUAGUACUU